CCGCACGCCGAGGGGGAGCACCGCGCUUGUUUGGCGCUUUCUCCAGUAUCGAUUGAAUCUCACUCGUCUCCGAGUAUUGGAGCGGGGGAUUCUGAUAGCGAAUCGCAAGAUGCCGAGCACGAUCCUGGAGACGAUGGUCUAGGGGAGGACAGGAAUUGUAGAUUUCUUCACGAUCAUCGCCAUCGCGACAACGGCAAUACUCAGCGGCAUAACGUCACUGCUGGGAUAGAGAGCACUGGUAGUGUUCUUGAGGAGAACACUACUAGUGAUGUAGAAUAUGAAGUUAGUGGCGCGAGUGGUGAGUUGGGACUAUCGGAGGAGGAGGAAGGCUUAACGAGGCUCCACCUAGCGACGCAGCCAGGUCCGCAUCCCAGUUUCAGGCCUCCAUCGCGAAGACUACCACGCAGGAGUAGAAGUAGAACGUCCAAACAACACUCUGGUGCUUCUUCAGGGUGUCAACGAGGUCGCACAUCAUUCGAGGUUGCUAUGUCCCCGACUGGUAUGAACCAAAUUUUUUUAGAGGGCACGCACCAAAUGGAGGAUCCCGGCGGAUCAAAGCAGGAUGACGGAAAGCAAAAAAAGGCGCAGGCGCAAGCAGUGCAAUGGUUAUGUCGCUUAUUUCUGGAACAGCGUGAGUCACUGUACGAGACGUUGUUGGCGCGAGUACCGGAAUCGGCUGAGGAGGCGCGAGAGAGCCUUGACAUUGUCCAGUUUCGGAAGGCUAUUAACAACACGUUCAAAACAGGAAAGGAUGAUGAUAUCAAGGUACUUGAUUCUAAACUUUAAAAUUUUCAUGCACAGUUUGUUGCAAUACAGAGGAAGUUUUUCGUUGUGCGCGUAUGUAAUUACAAAGAUAGAAUUUAGAUAUCAUUCAUGUAUGAAAAAUUGAAUGAUGCCACAUCAUGCCUCAACACAGGAACUUGCACUAGUGCUUAUCAAUGCGGUAUUCAACAAACCGAAGUGGCACAAGGUUGUUGCACAGGAUUACUACAGUGAAAUUAUGGAGCUGUGGACCGAAGAGUCCGCAGAUUGGACGAUGAAAUGUCUGCCAAAGAUUCUUGCCAAGUUGGGCAACACGCUUACUGCAUGCCAGAAGAACUCACCGAGUGUGAUCACUGAGCUUGGUGCUGCCUUCACCGCUGACUCACCGAAGCGAACUUCGAAGUCCACAAAGUCUUCGGCAGCAGGGGAAAAGAAGGAAAGCCAGAACAAAACUGUUGGUGCGAGUGGGAUUGGAGCCUCUUCUUCUAAGUCAUCUGAGAAAUAUGGAGAUAUCCUAGACGGUGCCAAAUCUUCGAGCAAACACGGAGUUGACUUGACGAAGGCGUCGGGCUCGAAAAGCAAUCCGAACGACCCGCCACCGUCCUCCUCGUCGCAGGAAGAUGAGGCAGAUGCGCCGGGCGCAACGAAAAGUGCGAAGCCACUAAAAAGGUUCCAGGUCAAGAAGCCGGGUGACGUGUUGAUCGCCCCUCCCGAAGGCGGAGACUCAUUCGGGGGUUCGCCCGUAGAUACUAGUGACAAGCAGCUCGAGAAAAUGAAAAAGCUUGCUGCAGAAGCGGACAAGGCAAUCAUUCGGAAAAGCGAAAAGCACAAGAAUAUGGACAGCGGGGACAGUCCUACCAACGCGUCGUUGGGUCUAGUCAAGAACGUGCGCUCGUCAGCGAGUAAAACGACAGGAGGUGCCGCUGCGUCAAACAAAACAGGAGAGUUCCUAAAGGAGGACUCCGCAUUGCCGAAUUUCGGUUCGCGUCUAGUCAGCGGACUCGCAUCUAUGUUCGCCGGUGGGCCCGAAGACACCGAGGACAGCACUCCCGGGACGAACCCAACUCCACAGAGCGGAUUUUCUGAGCAACAGGGUGGACACAGUGGCCUUGCGGACGCGUCAGCGGCUGGUCCACCGGCUUUCAACAACUUCAUGGGCGGAGCCGCAGUUCCAGGAGCUGCCUACGGCGCCCCCGGAGCAAUGAAGGCGUCCUACGUAGAUCCAUACGGUGUUCGGCACCCGAGUCCACCUCCUAGAAUGGCUUCACCGACUAGUAGUCUUGGCGGCGGCGCAUUUCCUGGUUUGGCGCCGAGCUCGGUGCCACCUGCGGAACCUUGGAAAAUUCCUCCCAAUAUCCCACGACGAUUGCUGGAUGAAUAUGCGGCAGGCCCGUUAGAACACAUGGGUACUCUCACGUCGGCAGCUAAGCGUCUUCAUACUACUCUCUUUGACAACACAGGCUUGUACCUAUUGGCACUAUGCAAACAGGUGCGAUGAAUUUUUUAGCAGUAGAAUCUCACAUUGAAAGUAUAGCAAGAGUCUGGCUUUGUUGCGACAGUCCACCUCCACUUUUCACGAUUCCCAUAGGUGACCUUUUGCGUCUCUAUCCUCCGGGUGCGUCAAUCAUGACGGAGGGUGUCUGUCACCAAAUGUCCGAUGGGGAACUGGUCAUCGUCGCUGGCGUACUACAGCAGAUGCUUGAUGCUGGAAAAACCUCAAUGCGGACUGCAGUGAAGGAAAGUUACGAUCUUGCACUUGCUUGUUCAACAGAUAGAAAUUGUUUGAGUGUUUAUACUUAUUGAAGAUGAGGAAAACGAAAUCGAAAACGGCAACAAGAUCAAGAUAUAGGACCUUCUAGAAGGAAGAUAGAGCUCAAAUUCUUCAUCAUUCUAAGACACAGAGGCAUUGCGGACACAAGUGACGCAGCGACGCAUGUGGGCAGAGGCGAGUUACAAUAAUAUGGUCAAGUGAGCAGGAGAAAAACAAGGGGGAGUGCAAAGUAGACUCGUGUUUUGUAUGCAUAGGUGUGCGCUACAAUACAGGGUCGUUGGAAAUGGAAUGUGUCUAAAAAGUGGUGUCUUUUCUUGUUGUGAUCCGUAUGAGGAAUGCGAGUGCUAUUUCUAUACACCCUUUGAGAGUAUUAAUAUGCCGAGAACGAAUCUUAUGUAGGAGAUACAAACACGAGACACUUUGUUUGGUUGUUUGAACAGAGGCCUGAAGAUGAUGAAAACGUUAAUCAUCAUGUUUCGUUCACGUUGUUCUCUUUGCGCGAAAUAUGGUCUAAAAGUAAGUGGGGGGGGUCUUUUUGCCAAGACGAGCCUAAAGAUGUGAUUCGCGAAAGUACUGCUCUCAUCAGAGUAAAGGACCACGUUGUAAAUGAAAAGCGUGUGAUGCGUCAAUUCAUCUAGAAGUAGGAAUGUAACACUAACACGGUCCUCCAGGUCGAGAAAGAGUAAGAUACAAUGAACCUUCUGUAAUACUGAUCACCUAUUUCUUUUGCGCGACGAUCAACAUCAGCUGUAAGUAUACUAAGUAUAGAGAAGAGAAUUUUUGAAAAAUAUAAUUUCGGAUUCCACAAAAGAAUGGAAAUCUGUCUCAACGCACCCUGCCGCAAGCAGGUGAUCGGAAAGAAAGUAUUGCACUGGGAGAAAACUGGAUCACGAUCAUC